AUGAGGCGAUGGCACCUGGACCUCGAGGGCAGCUUCGAGGAGAAGGUGCGGGAGUUUGAGUUUGCCCUGUCGCACGGCGACGAGGCGGCCAAGGCGGCCAUGUACCGCGCCGCCGCACAGGGCGCCACUAGCAUGACGCACGCCAUGUCGCGCGAGAUCCACGAGGCCCUCGAGAGCGCGGGCGAGGCUGCCCUCGGCGAGACGCGCGCAGGCCACCUGCAGUGCGCCACUCCCAUCGUCAGCGAUUCGGUGACGCCGAACUGGUCGUACUGCUGCGACGUGACGGAGGCGGCUUCGUCGAUGUUCGUCUUCGAGCUGUACGACGAGGACACCCUCUACUCCGUCAACGACUUCCUCGGCGCCUCCUACCUCCGCGCCGACGCCGAGGACGGCCAGUGGGAGCUGCCCGUGGUUGGCGCGCAGCGAUUUGGGGGCGACGCCGAGCAGCACGCGACGCUGCACGUGCUCGUGGCGACCACCGACGAGAAGCCUCCGCUCGGCCACAUCGGAGAGGACUGCUGGGGCACUUGCGGAGCCUCGGGCGUGUGCCCUGAGUUUUGUGGAUCCCACGGAGCGUGCUGCCGCGGAGACGUGGCGGCGCCAGGCUGCCCGCUGUAUGGCUCGGACCCCUUCUGGCACAGCUGCGUCGCCGCCGACAUGACGCAGCUUGAGGGCCACGGUUUUGGCGGAUGGUUCCCCCACCUCUUCCUCCGCGCAGAAGCCGCGCCCGCGCCCGCGCCAAGCGCGACGCCGCCCGAUCCGCGGCCGCUCCUGCUGUUGCUUGGUGUCGCCACCGCUGCCACCAUUGCCCACGCGCGCGGAGCUUCGAACUGCGUGUCGGGUGCCAUUCUGCAGCGUGCGCAGUCUGUAAGCGCGGGGCAUGUGGCGCUACGGCUUUAUGCGCGCGGUCACGUGCGGUUUACAGUAGGGGCCAGGGUGCUCUGGGCGUGA